UCACGAAUUCGCGUUUGCAGCCUUCGUACGUCAUCAAACAAUCAUGGCGGACUACCGAGAGGCGCCCUUGGCCACUCGGCCGAAAACAUUGGAUCCUAACGAAUAUUUCAACCUUUCGCCCGAAUAUAGGCGCGCCGAAGAGGCCAGGGCUGCUUUACGGGCAAACCUGAAGAGACAGUAUCUGCAGCAACUCAAUAACCCGCACAGGAAAGAGCUCAUUGACGACCCUGCGCUGACGAGAUGGGUGUAUGCACGAGCCAACACCUACCCACACUUCAAGCCCACAUUCAAGACGUCCCUGUUGGGUGCAGUCUUUGGAGUUGCGCCCCUCUUCAUCCUCUAUUUUGUCUUCAAGACAGACAGGGAUAGGAAGGAAGAGAGGAUCAAGGCUGGAAUUGAUGAGCGGAAGUUCUCGUUGUCAUAUUGAGGUCGUGCGUACGAAGACCUUCCUAUGUGUUGUUGCAUCUGCAGAAGAUGUCAGUGUGUGUAAUUAUUAACAGAAUAAAAUUAUAUUGUCAAAACCA